GCCUACCCCUACUUCACCUGGGCCUCCAGCCCCUCCUCCAUCUCCCUCGAUUACGCCCUCUUCCGAGGCAACUCCGCCACCAAUUACCUCGAUCCCGGAACCAAUCUCACCUAUACCAAUCUACUCGACCAGAUGCUGGACUCCGUGGUGGCGGCCAUGGCGAAGCUAGGGUUUGGCGGAGUCCGGCUGGCCAUCGCCGAGACCGGGUGGCCCAACGCGGGCGAUCUGGACCAGAUCGGGGCGAAUAUAUACAACGCGGCCACGUACAACCGAAAUCUGGCCCGGCGGCUCUCGGAGCGGCCGGCGCUGGGGACGCCGGCGCGGCCGGGAGCGGUGAUGCCGGUGUUCAUCUUCGCGCUCUACAACGAGAACCAGAAGCCCGGGCCGGGGACGGAGCGGCACUGGGGGCUGCUCUACCCGAACGCGACAAGGGUCUACGAGGUGGACCUCACCGGCCGGUUGCCGGAUUCGGCGUACGGGCCGCUGCCGCUGCCGGAUAACAACGAGCCGUACAAGGGGAAGAUCUGGUGUGUGUUUGGGGGAGGGGGAAAGAGCGUGAAUGCGACGGCGGUCGGGUCGGCGAUUGCGUACGCGUGCGGCCAGGGGAGCGGCACGUGCAACGCGAUCCAGCCCGGCGGGCAGUGCUACCGGCCGGGCUCCCUGACGGCGCGCGCCAGCUACGCGUUUAACUCGUAUUGGCAACAGUUUCGGCGGUCCGGCGGCACGUGCUACUUUAACGGGCUCGCGGUGCAGACCGCCCAGGAUCCGAGCUAUGGAUCUUGCAAAUUUCCAAGCAACUGAAGAGAAUUCACAUAAUCCAUUUUGUCAGGGCUGGAGAUGGUUCUUUUGGAGCUCCGUUGAGAGUUUGGGUGGGGUCAAGGGAGGGAAGGAAUGUUUGGCAUCGUAUUGAAGUUCUUUUUAACUUAUUUGCACGAAUUUGAAUCUUCUUCUUUGGUGGGUAUUCUGACGACUCAUCACAAAUAAAACUUAGAGGACGGUUCUGUUAUUGAUUGAUGGCUAUCACGACGUACCGGUGUUGAAUUUUUAGCUUAUUGAGAUUGAUCAAUCAUGGACUCCAAUGGGCAACCUUAAUAUUAAGUUACAAUUAAACACC